CUUCCUGGAGAAGCCUUUCCUGCGAAGAAUAAAAAUACACGUUUAGCAGUCCUGCUCGACCAGUUAUGGCUAGGUCUCGAUGGGCCAAGGAAACAUCAUUUUAUUUAAAGGACUUUAUUGUUGAAGUUUUUGUUCAUGAAUAAUAGACACCUCCACGUCCAGUGCUGCAGGUGGCUGACGUGAGCUGGUAUGUCGCUGUCGUUACCUUCCGCCGACAUGCUUGAGACACCUCCGGGAUAUCCAUUUGAGGAAAUUAACUACGAGGAUAUCGAAGUAGAGGAGGUCGUGGGGAGAGGAGCUUUUGGAGUGGUUUGCAAAGCCAAGUGGAAAGGAAAAGAUGUUGCGAUCAAGACCAUUGAAAGUGAAUCGGAGAGAAAAGCCUUUAUUGUUGAGCUACGGCAGCUUUCUCGUGUAAAUCACCCUAAUAUUGUGAAGUUGUAUGGCUCUUGCAGUAAUCCAGUCUGUCUUGUAAUGGAAUAUGCUGAAGGAGGGUCACUGUACAAUGUGCUGCAUGGUGCUGAACCACUCCCCUGUUACUCUGCUUCCCAUGCUAUGAGCUGGUGUUUACAGUGUUCCCAGGGUGUGGCCUACCUCCAUGGCAUGAAACCAAAGGCUCUGAUCCACAGGGACCUCAAGCCACCUAAUUUGCUGCUUGUGGCUGGUGGCACUGUACUGAAGAUAUGUGACUUUGGAACAGCAUGUGACAUUCAGACUCAUAUGACAAACAACAAAGGAAGUGCAGCAUGGAUGGCCCCAGAGGUGUUUGAAGGUAGCAAUUACAGCGAGAAGUGUGAUGUGUUCAGCUGGGGGAUAAUUCUCUGGGAGGUGGUCACACGUAGGAAGCCCUUCGAUGAAAUUGGAGGACCAGCUUUCCGUAUUAUGUGGGCUGUGCACAAUGGCACAAGACCACCUUUGAUAAAAAAUUUACCCAAGCCUAUUGAGAAUUUGAUGACCCGCUGCUGGUCCAAAGAUCCCUCUCAGCGGCCUUCCAUGGAGGAGAUUGUGAAAAUCAUGACUCAUCUCAUGCGGUACUUUCCAGGAUCUGAAGAGCCUCUGCAAACUUCAUAUCAAUAUUCAGAUGAUGGACAGAGCAACUCUGCAACUAGCACGGGUUCGUAUGUGGACAGCACUGGCAACAAAAGUGAUGCAAACAUUGAGCACAGUGAUUCUCAAGGUAGCAACGACACUAUUAAGAUCACACCCCAGUUUGCGCCUCACUUCAAGCCGAAGGGAGACCCUUUGAGGACGCUGCCUCUUUCCAGAGGAGGUAGUUUUGAGAGUCUGCCAGCUCGAACACAGGGCUUGACAUCCACUGAUAAUAAACGAAUGAGUGCUGACCUUUCAGAGCUCGAGCCCAAGAUGGGAUUUGUACCACCAGCACGCCCGCAGUAUAAACGAGGCCAUCGUAAAACGGCAUCAUUUGGCACCAUUCUGGAUGUUCCCAAGAUCGUCGUCACAGCCACGUGUGAGCCUCAGAGGCGCCGCUCUGUGCAGGAUUUGCCAGGCAUUGGCACAGAGUCCACCCAGGGAAGUAGGAGCAGUAGCCGAGCUUCUAGUCCCAGUUUGAGGAUGAUGCCCACGCCUGAAAAGGCAAACAGCAGAGGUUACUUUUCUCCGGAUGACCCCGCAGACACCAAUGGCUCAGACAAUUCAAUUCCCAUGGCAUACCUCACCUUGGAUCACCAGCUGCAGCCCCUUGCCCCAUUCCCCAAUUCGAAAGAGUCCAUGGCAGUUUUUGAGCAACACUGCAAAAUGGCGCAAGAAUAUCUGAAAGUGCAAACCGAGAUUGCCCUGCUAAUCCAGAGAAAAAAGGAACUCAUUGCUGAACUGGACCAAGAUGAGAAAGACCAGCAGAACACGUCCCGUCUGGUGCAGGAGCACAAAAAACUGCAGGAAGAGAGAGAGAGUCUGUCCACAUACUACCAGAAGUGCAAAAAACAGCUGGAGCUGAACCGGGUCCAGCAACAGAAGCGACAGGGGACCUUGUGAUGAGAUUCCCCAUCACAAAUUUCGAUAUGUACUCCUGGCAUCCAACAGAAACACAACACUGACACCCCAGUCCAGUCCAAAGCCGGUAUGCCCUGCAUGCCACACUGUAGUUCUCUGCCUUUGUCCAGCAGGAAAGUAGGUAUCAUCUGUGUGUGUGUGUGUGUGUGUGUGUGUGUGUAUGUAUAUGUAUAUGUGUGUGUGCAUGUAUAUGUAUAUAUAUAUAUACACACACACACACACACACACACACACAUACUUGCACAUGCUCACAGUUUAAUCUGUGACUGCAGACCAAACCAUCACUGCGUCCCAGAUCCUUCUGGGCUUCAGUAUGGCGCUUUGCUCCUCUUGCAGCAAAGUGUGACGGCAGGCCGGUGAGGGUGGUUUGUGUAUUUGACAUGUUGCUCUCAGGGCCUUUUUGGCAGACCAGUUUUUUUUUUUUUUUUUUUUUUCAUUCCUCAGCAUUCUCUGGUACCCUUUUAGCAGCCCAUGGUGAAAUCAUCCUCAAAGAAUGUGGGGGGGGGGGAGCAAGGCUGCUUUUCGGCAACAUGAAUGCGUGCAGAAUUCGUGAAAUGUGGAGGACGAUCGCAACCUGUUCUACGACGUUUGUGCGGAAACCCUGUUAAGCAAAGGUUGUACGCCCGUAUAUCGACGGAUUUAUAUUCAGCCUCUCCUUUUUCCUCUCAGCAUUGUCCCUGGCAGACUGUGUUGAAUUCCUCAUUCAGUAUUUGGUUUAAAGAUGGAUGUUUCUUAGACAUACUUUUUGUUCCUGAUAGAAAAGAACAACUCUUCAAUGUGUGCACCUGGAUGCAAAAAUAAGACAAGCUGUUUGUAUUUGACCCAAGAGUUGCUUUGAUUACAAAUGUUAUUUUUUUUUGUGUCUUUUCUAUUUUGUAGUUCUGUUUGGUUUAUGACAUUUUGUGGUGUGGGAAUACUCAUUAGGAGGCUAAUAGAAGCCUAUGCGUUUUUCAGUUCACGUGUUGCCUUGGAAGCUGCCUGCAUUUUAAGUGCUUGACUUGUUUUGCGUGACUAUUAGAGGACGCAAGAUGAAAAGGCAUCCGUGUCAUGGACAUUCGACGAAGCAGGUUUAUUGUGUUGCAAGUCCGAGUGACAUGCUUUCCUCUUGCUGUGCACCCAUAAAAGACGACGGGGAACUGUACUGAAAAGGAGUAUCGCAGAUUUUAUUUUUAUUUUUUUUUUAUUCUUUAAAAUCCAUAAAUUCAUAUCCCUGAAGUAUUUUUGCACAAUCACUGUUUUAUCUGUCAAGUACAAAUCAGUCAUUGUAAUUUCAAUAAGUUGGCAAGGCUAAUUAAAAACAAAAACAAAAAAAACACAAAAUGUAGUUUAUGCACAUCUAUGAAUGUUAAACACUUUGUGUCAUGAUUGCUUUGUUGAUCCAUUCAUUUUACACACACACGUCCUCAGCAUCUAGAAUGUGGUUUAGGUGACCGUGAGACGACGUCAUGAAUAAACUCAAU